CGUAAAAACAAACCCCAGUCCAACCCGGAAGUAAGGGAUGAACCUGGUACUUUUGAAAGCAGCAUAUGGUCAUCCAGGAACCUCAGGGAUUUUCUUUUUUUUUUACAAGAUCUCAACGCGAUCCAGGUUGCUCCUGGAGCUUCGAGAACCGCUGUGCAAAAGAAGAGGAGAAGAAAUGUCCAGGUUGAGGAUUUGAGGUCGUGUGUGUGUGUGUGUGUGUGUGUGUGCGGGAUGACGCGGUGCAGGGAGCAGGAAACUGCGGUUCCUGCAGCUGCUCUGGGUUUCUUCUGCUUCUUCUGCAGGUCCAUGCCUUUAUUGAAAUGAACUGUUUCUGCUAUGGCGAGAGGUCUGUUUGCACGGGCCUGGAUCACCAAGUCCUACCUCUUUCACGUUCGUCUCUCGUACGUGCGGGUGAAGUAUCUGUUCCUCACCUGGCUGGCGGUGUUUGUGGGGAGUUGGGUGGUGUAUGUUCAGUACUCAUCUUACACAGAGCUGUGUCGAGCGCACGACUGUUACACCACCAUCUGUGAUAAGUACAGGGCAGGUGUGAUCGACGGCUCGGCCUGCAGCAGUCUAUGUGAAAAAGGUUCUCUGUAUUUCAGGAGGUGUCUGUCCAACAAACCCAACCAUCAGGUGUACACGGCGAGCUGGGGCGACGUGGACGUGGUGAUCAAAUGCCAGCUGGGAAAGGUACUGCACUACGAGCUGGGAGAAGAGCUGGAGCCGAGGAAGGAGCCGACACUGUUCGACAAACCCACCAGAGGAACGUCUGUAGAGAAGUUCAAAGAGAUGGUGUACGGCCACGUAAAGGCGAAGGUUGGAGAGCAGGCUGACCUCACCACGUUGGUCUCUCUGGUCCUGGUGUUUGCGGAUGCCGAUAAAGAUGGCCGCGUGUCCCUCCCAGAGGCCCGGUCGGCGUGGGCUCUCCUGCAGCUGGACGAGGUUCUGCUGAGCGUGGUCCUGCAGGGACGCAGUCACACCCCCAAGCUGCUGGGUUUCUGCGGCGACCUUUACGUAGCGGAACGAGUCGCUUACACGCCGCUGUACGGCCUCAGUCUGUCUGCGGCGUUCGAGCCCUGGAUCACGGCGGUGCUCGGACGCGGGCUGGAUCACUUCUUCGCACCGUCGUGGCCUCGCAAGGCGAAGAUCUCGAUCGGGCUGCUGGAGCUGGUGGAGGACGUUUUCCAUGGGAUGUUCGGCUCCUUCCUGCUGUGCGACAUGAAGCCGAGGAGCUUCGGAUACACCGAGCGCUACGAGCUGCGUCUGUUAGACCGGCGUCACGUCGUGCCGGAGGAGGCCUUCAGGAGCGCCAUGAGGCUUCGGCCGUGCCUGGAGGACUCGGACUGCGUGUACGGCGGCGACUGCGAGACAACGUGUCGCCAAGACGAGCGGCGCUGCAGCCCCGAGCCGAGCCGAACAAACCUGGCACGGGCCUGCAGUGCGCUGGAGGACUUCCUGCUCCAGGGGGUGCCGGGGAGCCUCCAGGAUGAGCUGGAAAGGCAGUUAAAUGCCUGCAUGGAGCUCACGGGCUUCGGAGAGAAGAUGCAGAUGGAGCACUCCCUCAUCCUCAACAACCUGAAGAUGCUGCUCUGGAAGCAGAUCUCGCACACCAACGACUCUUAACAUUACACAAAAUAUGUGUGUUUGUUUUGGCGUCUCACGUGUUGACACAAUGACUUGCUCUUUGGACUCGAAGGUACCGGUGAUCCUCUCACAGCGAUUAAAGCUGCCGUUUGCAACAUUUUUAAUAUUUAUAAUAUUCUCAUGGUGUUAUAAUUUAGUUAGCCACGCCCCUCUGUCUGAACCCAUCUCCUCAGCCCCGCCCUCUUUUGGUGUCUGACUCAAGAAUAAUGAGAAAAAAGGCUUUUCCUGGGGUUUACGGUAAUUCAUUCUCCUUUUUCCAGGGCGCCAUUACUUUUGUCCUCGUCCGACGGUUAGCUUUAGUGCGUCUUCGGGUCUUUUACAAUUUUGAGGAUAAAUAAAUACAUGUUGGCAGAGAAAAUAGCAGGAGAGUUUUAAACAGUGUCCCAGUCAACAUCAGCUCAGAGUGUGAGUGUGAGUGUGUAAGUAAUAUUUGUGACAUACGUAUGAAGGUCAUAUGAAGGAAAAAAACCCGAAUGUCUGAAAGAUGAUGAAGCGUGUGUGGACCUUUGACAUUGACCACGAUAGAGGUCGUAUUCUUCCAUUAAUGACGAACACGUGAUGUGACUAACGGCGUAUGAAACACGUCCACCACCACCCUGCCGUCCUCUCCGACACUAACGACACUAACGACGCCGAGCUCCUGGAGCUGCAUGCUGCCGUUACACUCGACAUGAUUCCCACAGCGGCGGAUCUCAUUCAGGAUUUAGGAUCGGAUUUUCUUUAUUUUUAUUUUUUUUAACGGGUUCCUGUCCUGUGCCAUCACAUGAACGACCUGUUGCUUAACAUCAUUGCUGCUGGAUAAAGAUGAACAACAAACAAAUAAACAAACAAACAAUGGUUCUAUUUUUUAAAAAAGGAAGUAUAAAUGCAUGACUUUGCACAAUAAAGUAUUUUGUCGCAUUA